AUGGUCGCCACACGAGCCCAAGGAGGGAUGGGUCUACCAGAUGUGAAAGGAUACUAUAGAGCUGCGCAAAUUGCUCCACUUAUUGCAGCUUCCCACCGCUCGACUCCCAUGACAUGGGUCGAAUUGGAGAAACAUAGAACCGAAGGCAUCUCACUCCCCGCCGUGGCAUGGAUGCCGCCGAAACACAGACCCAAAGCGCCAGAAAUGCUGCCGACAACCACACUUACUCUCUCUGUGUGGGACGACUACCGCAAAAAUAAGGGGAAUAUGUCACCCAUCUCACCGGCAACCCCAAUAGAAUCGAUCCAGCACCUUAUCCCAAAUUUCAAGCACAAACUUUGGCACAGACAUGGCAUCCUCACGCUGUCGCAGGUGUUGCAGGGUACCAAACUCAAGCAAUUCAAGGAUAUAUGUGAAGAAUUCCGAAUACCAACGACAGCGACCUUCUCCUAUAACCAGCUACAAUCAUGGAUAAACCUACAUAACUCGCAACAAACAGUGCGCCCACCUGAUCCACACUGGCUUAAACUGACAGAGAUAUGCACCAAGACGAAACCGGCAACAAAAAUUAUCUCAACAAUUUACACAUCUGAAAAGACAGACACCCACGGCAAAAUACCCUCCUAUAGGAUAGCAUGGGAAAAAGACAUAGGGCAUGAACUCACGGAUGAACAAUGGCAAUAUAUAUUCCGCGCCAAUAACAAGCUAUCCCUCUGCACAUCACACACAGAACUCUCCCGCAAAUUGAUGUACCGGUGGUAUCUUGUACCAACGAGACUUAAACACAGCUACCCGAAUGUGUCAGACACGUGCUGGCGCUGCCAGCAAGACCGAGGUACCCUGCUGCACAUAUGGUGGCAAUGCCCACUACUGAAACAGUUUUGGUCACAAGUCCUAAAUCUAACGACCCGCUGCACCCAACUGCAAAUUACUUUGAUACCUGAACUAUUUCUACUAUUACUACUCCCCCAAACACCUCACAUUCACACCAGGUACUUGCUAUACCACAUCUGCAUAGCAGCUCUCACCGUCAUAAGCAGGAAAUGGAAACAACCCACUGCCCCCACAAUCAGCCAGUGCAUUACAGCUAUAGAAACUUCCAAAUCUUACGAAAUGGCAGCAAGAAAAUCAGCACAAAACAAAUCUUACUGGACUGAGGCUUGGGACAUAUGGGACAGAAACAAACCACGAUGAAAUGCAUAGCAAAGCACUACCAGAAUCGAGAGACACAACUCCCUCCUCUGGAGGUACUGAAGAAGCCACUCCAACCCAUGUCCACGCACCCAUUCCUUAACCACAACAUGAUCCAUGCACACCACACAUCAACUCCAAACACUCACUCUUCACCCUACCCCCCGCAUUCCCCCUCCCCCCCCUCCCUUAGCCAAAGACUACCAACCAUGCCAACAAUACAGAUCGACACCCCCAAACCACAUUGA